CAUUUCAAUCACAAUGUUUUUGUUUACAUUUUUAAAUUUUAAAGUCUUUUAGAAAUCAAAAUAGAUUAUCUUGAUCUAGAGAGAUCUAGAUUAUAGACUUUUACUCUAUAAUACUUAACUCUAGAUCUAUAUUAUAAUUUAAUAUAGAUCUAGAUCCACACAAACAUGCUCUACUCUUUAUACUUUAUGAUUUUAUCUUAAACUUCGAAAGUCUCAAGACUCAUCACUCAGUGGUCAUCAGUUAUUCAGUAUCAGUGAAUAAUAAAGACUAGCACUAGAUCUAGUCAGUGACUAGUCUCUGAAUUUGAAAGAAUCAUAAAAUUAUCAUUUGAUCAUGAUGGAAAGUUUUACCACUGAUCUAGCUAGAUCUAGAUUCUAGACUGGUCUACAAAUAAAAUACUAGAAUACUUAUAAUACUAGUCAAAAGUCUAGAUCUAGAUCUAGAAGUCUAGAAGAUGUUCAAGAAUCAGAUCUAAUAACUAAUUACUAAUUAUUUAGUUUUACUUUAGUAACUAGAUAGAUCUAGUAGAUAUCUAGAAUUAACUAGAUCUAGCUAGAGAUCUAAUUUAAUAGUAUCAUACUCUGAGACUGAUGAGGCUGUUACUUUGAGUUUAACAAGAGUUACCUAGAGUAAUUAAAUACAACUAGAUCUAGUCAAUCUAGACUCUAGACUGAAAAUGCUACGUAUUUCUGCAUUGAAUGAUUCUUCAGACUUGGAGGAUGAUCAAAUCGAAACACAGCUUACCAAAACAAAAGAAGCCAAAGAAGCUGAAGCAUUUGCUGCCUAUAACAAGGCACUGUCCCAUCAACACAAAGGAAAUAUUUUGCAUGCUGAGAAGCUACUGCGAAAUCUCUUUGACCAUCCACUACUUAAAGAAGCAGCAGGUUUAGUGGCAGAUGACACUCAGCUGCAAAAUAAAAACCACAGUGGUUUGCAACUUUUGUAUUCCAUUCACAAAAAUCUGGCAUCUAUUUUACUUCAGAGAAAUGAGCUUCGUGAAGCAAUGGCAGCCUACAUUGAGGCUGUUCAAAUUGACUCCACAGAAGUCACAGUCUGGUUUCAGAUGGGACAAGUUGCUAGGAAACUAGAGAAUUAUCCACUAGCUAAGAUUUGUUUUCAGCAGGCUCUGCAGUGUAACUCACAUCAUUGGCCAAGUCUAGACAAUGCUAUCACUGUGACCUAUGCUUUGGGAGAUUAUUUAUUAUGUUUACAAAAUAUUAGCCUAGCACUGGAGAAAGACUGCGGUUACUCUAAAGGUUUAGCCUUGAGAAAAGAAAUCUACCAGGAACAACCCUCCCUAGAAAAAUUUACUAAGGAAUUAUUUCUCUAUUGUGCUCCAAGUAUCAAUACAACACAAGUGGAGAAAGAAGAAAAACAAGAGUAUAUUGAAGAAGCAUUGAAAAUACGAAGCUGUAGAAGACAGCUUGCUGCUGAGGAGAAAGAAAAAGAAAUGAAAUCUGUAACAUUUCUCAAUCCAUUAACUCCCUUUAAUUGGAAGAAUGUAGGUGAACAGCUGAUUGCACUGUAUGACUUUGUCACCACAAGUGUGCCACCAAAAAGUCUUGCUUUGGAAGUGGAUCUUAGAGAUUACUUUUUUCUGGAUCAGUCUGUCUUUUUCCGUCAGUACGAUGAGGAGAACAACUUGUCUACUGAAACAAAUAAAAAAGAUUCUGUGGACCAAGUUUCCAACAAAACCUCUCAACAGUCAUCUCUUUCAGACAAGUCAACUCCUCCUUUAAAAGCUGUUGAGCCUUUAGCUAUUAUUAACUCUGUAAAGAGCACUAAAGAAACAGCUUUAUUAAAGCGAUUACAGGGAGAUGAAAAUAUGCAUAGCCCAGGUGUUAUCAAAAAGACCAGACUAGAUGUGACAGCUGUUAGAGACUGUGGCCUAAAAGACUUGGACUCUAUGGAUGUGACUGAAACAUUUGAAAUGCCACUACUUAGGGAUGUGGACAUUGAAGCUUUGAAUCUUACGGACAUUUCUAGGAAUGAAUUCAAACCAGAACUUUUACUCAAAGAUGAUGAUAUUGUUGAGACAACUGAUACCGCUGACAUGAAAUCAUUAGAGAAUGUCUUGGCAUCAGUUAUAGAUAUGGAGUUUGAGGUACAAAAUAGUGACAAGUUAGUUACUGAUGUGGACAGGUCAAAAAGAAGUACACAGACCGUCCAGGACUUGGAGCUGACCCUGAAAAAUACUACAGUCAAUUCUAAUGUUAAAGAACUUUUUGACAUUCAGCAAACUGACCUGGAAAUCCAAGAGCUUGUUCCUAAAACAUCUGGAGAUUCUUGUUUAGUGUCAUCACCAACAAAAACCUUCCUUCCUGUAGCAAACAUAAUUCACUCACCAGUGCCUCCUGAAGCAUCAGUCACUGGAAACAUUUGUCUGAUACAAAAUCAUAAUAAUGAAAUAUCCCCUGCAGAACAAAUGGCAAACAUAGUGCAAGAUAAUAUAACUCUUAAACAUUCUCAAGUGUCUGCCCCUAAUGUGUUUGAAGCAUUUCAAAAAGUUUCUACUAAUGACAUUAAAACAUCUCAAACUUUAGCACACAUUGCAAGUGAUCAAUCAUCAAAGUCAGUUGACUUUCCAGCAAACAAAGAUAAUUUACUGGUUUCAGAUCAACCAAUCAACAUUUCUUGCGAUUCACUCAACCUUUCUCAGCUAUGCAGCACACCCAUAUAUAAACCAGAUGUUUCACCAGUGGAUGCAGGGUCAGCCAAUUUACCAUUGGACAUUUCAAGUCAAAGAAAUUUAAUGUCUAGCAAUGAUGAAGAAAAACACCUAGACAUAAGUCUAGUUGAAACAUUGCCUUUAGAAACUUCCAGGCAAUCAAAUACUAAGAAAGAUGUGGAUGCAGAUCUAGCACUAAAUACAAGUUUAGUUGAAUCAUCCCAGAUUGAUACUUUUACCCAAUGCAAUAAAAGAACAGAUGUAGACACACCAAAAAGAUGUGAUAUAAGUCAAUGUGAAACAUUAGCUGCAGACAAAAGCCCAUCAUUUAUGUUGUCCUCUGUCAAACUGAAAAUCUACCCAACAGACCUAGCACACUCUCCUAUUACCACCAGCUUAUUGUCCCCAGACAGUGUGACCUAUCCAAAGUCAGCUUCAGCUUAUCACAAUGUCUUGUCUACACUCAAACAUACUGAAGCCGUGGUAGCUGACAAAUCUCUGGGCUGUUCUCUUACAAAAAGUAUCCAGAGUAAAGGCUCAAAAUCACCAAACAAAAGUGAUCAACCCAGUGAAGAAAACUAUGAAAGAAUGCCAUUGGAUUUCACCAACAAGAAAACACCUGUUGAACCAAGAAUAGGGGUAGAUUCCUUAAGCACAAUAACCUCAGUUGAAGCAAUUCAUGAGAAUCAAACAGACAUAUCACAGACAAACAAAGUCAGUUCACAAGCUCCAUUACAAGGUGAUGUUUUGACUAAUACAAGGCCAUCUGCUUCUCUUUCUCUCCCAUCACAUCACCUGAAUAUGCUAACAGCUCUAGAAUCUGAAAUUCUCUUAAAGUCUUUCCAAGAUAGCCAAAGCACUGGCGUCUCUGAGUGGACCAGAAAGAAGCUUUCUAGCAAACGUCCCAACUUCAAAUCUCAUUCUAUGUAUCACUCCCCUAGAGAAUAUCCCCCUUCUCAAAAAUCAAGUUGGCAGACACCUCAGUUACCUCUGUCACCCUCUGUUGUUUCCCCAUGGGCAUCUCAGGCCUUCCAGUGGCCUUUUGGACAAUCUAUGUUAAGCCCAUCAGCUACUUCCCCCCAGCGAAUGUAUCCACGAUCAGUAUUUCCACCUUACCCCCAUGCAUAUUUUGACAAUAUUUCAGGCAUACAUUAUUCAUCUCCUGGUCAUGUGCCUGGCAUGACAUCGCCAUCCCAUUUACAUGGCAUGACUUCGCCAACCCAUUUACAAGGCAUGACGUCGCCAACCCAUUUACAAGGCAUGACGUCGCCAACCCAUUUACAAGGCAUGACGUCGCCAACCCAUUUACAAGGCAUGACGUCGCCUAACCUUGUACCUGGGAUGACAUCCCCAAAUCAACAGUUUUCUUUCAGCAGUCCACUAUUUCAUCCUUUGUUAAACCCCUCAAAACAUCUGAAAGAUGCAGCUGCACAUUUUGAAAGUUUUAGGACAUCAGCAAAUAUGUCUUUGUAUCAUGAUGGCUACAAAAGUUCAGCUGUAACUUCCACUGCUGGGAACACUAGCCAGUACCAUCAACAUUCACCAAAGUCACCAUCCAAUAGCCAGUCGGAAUCAAGAUAUCCUCAACUUGCUUCUGCGCAGCUUCAGAGUCUUGCAAGAAUCUCUCAAACACCUCCAUCACCAACAUCAAACAUUGUUUCUUAUCAAGCUGGAGACCACAGCUAUCAAAAGAAAGGUUUACUUUUCCAGGUCAUGAUGGAAUCCAAUCCAUCAGUUCCUGUCAUCAGUAGCUCCAGGUCAACAUCUAGCCAGUCUGUCUCCCAUAGGAAGACCAAUACUAAUGACAGUGCUAGUUCUACACCAGUACAAAGAGCUGUAAAACGAGGAUCUAAAAGAAAAAUGGAUGACUCCUUAUUAGACGAAUGGGCAUAUGCUGAAAAGCGAAGGUCAACUCGAAGUCGAAACACAAAAAAUCAGAGAGAAGGGAAAAGUAUUAAUUAUAAAAACGUAAUGAAAAGCUACUUUCCAGCAUCUUUCUUAAAGGUCAACCUCCAAAACAAUGUAGAAACUUCAGACGAGUUAACAAUGGAAGUAGACAAAGCACAGGCUGAACCUGGCUUGAAUGUGUCUACUAUGACAUUGAAGAAACUGGCUGACAAUGAAGAAGAUGAUGUGAAAAUGUUUAUCAGAAGUUGUCUGAAAUGUAAUGGUGUGAUAGAUCUAAUGUACAAAUACCUCUUGCAGCUUGCCAACAAGUCUGACUAUGUUUGGUAUGAAAGUAUAGCUGAGAUAUACUUAAAGUUGUACAAGAGGCUACGCAAACAUUUCUCUCUGCCUACAGUAUUCGAUGAUGCAGAAAGUUUAUCCCUGGAGGGCUACAGAAACUAUGCUGCUGUCAUUCUUGUCUGGUGUGAGCUCAACUUGAACCAAGCAGUACUAGACUCAAGUCUGAGAAGUUUGAUGUCUCCUUCUAAAGCCAGCCAGUUUGCUGAAAAUCUGAUUAAAUUACUUGGAGAGUAUCAUUCUGAUGAUAUGGCCUUCUUAGCCUCUCUGAUUGGAAGAAAUGAUGCAUUAGGAUCAUGGCUUGGACAUUUCAGUGUCAGGUUUUAUUGGUUGAAAGCCAAAGAACAUCAAUUUCUGAAUGAAACUCUAGAUGCUGUUGAUUGCUAUGAAAUUGCCAGAGAAUUUCUGCAAGAUGUGGAAAAAGAAUGUAGCAAUAAAGAUGAAGUUAACACAGGAGUGAUUAUACUACCCAACCUUCAAGAUAAACUCAUAUCUUCCAAUGAAGCCAGGAGACAGCUGGAAGCAUUGCAGAGAAGCAAGUCGCUGGAAGAUAAUAAAAAGUUGUUUGAUGAAGCACAGUUUGAUCGGGUGGUAGAGAACCUUGUCGUCACAUUUUCAAACCAAACAAGUAAGAAAGUUUUAUCCUUGGUGGAGAGAGAGCGUCCCUCACAGCUAUUGUUGUUGGUGAACUCACUGUACCAUUUAAACAAACCAAUGGAAGGCAUACAGUGGGCUGAGGCAUCACUUAAUGAAGCUGUUCUGUAUUACAAGAGAGUUCCAAGUGUUCAGCUACAUCAGGAGUGGGCUGCCACUCUAGUCUCUUUGUUUGCAUGCAUUGACAGACUUCUGGAGGAAGACAGCAAUAUUUUAUCUUCAUUGAGUCGCAGCUGUUUGUAUCGACUUGCUGAUAAUUUAACAUCUGUAAUUGACAUUUGUUUGGAUGUUGCUGAGACUGUCACUGAGAUGCCCAUUGCUUCAUUGUUACCAUGGAAAAUAUUAUACAGAGUACUACACUAUGAAGAGCAGUUGAAUGCUAAAUCUUGUGAGAGCAAAGAAAAAGAAAAUGAGACAGAUGAGGAUGAGGAGGAAGAGAUGAGUCGAUCUUUGGUCAUGCUAAUAGAAGCGCAUGAUCAUCUUGGCAGGCAUGCCUGGUGUACAAGAGACAAUGGUCUACUGCUUUUAUUUACAAUGUCUGUACUGGAUAGCAAAGAUCUAGAGGACAAGGAUAGAGAAGAUAUUCAUUUUGAACAGUGUGUUUACUGUCUCUAUGGUCACCCAAACAAAAAGGGAAGAGCCAGACACUUAACUGAUCACAAUGUGUCUCCAAUAAGUCUAACCUGGGACAGAGCUGGCAGUUUAUUUUUGUACUUUGCCCCUAAACAAGUUCCAGAAUUUGACAGCUAUAAGAUCAAAUCGGUCACUUCUGAUGUGGAAAACCUGCUCAGAAGAAUAGAUAUGUUAGUGCCUGAUGAACUCAACCCAGCCCAGCAUGUUUCAGCCAUAACAGACUACAUAGAAGGCAUUUCCAACACAGCACCAUGUACACCAUUGAUCAAGAUACAACAGCAUAAAGACCCAUACAAAAUGUGCAACCAAGUGUACUAUCUCCUAGGAGACUUUUAUUUCAAGAACAAAGAGCCAGCUAAAGCUGUCAAGUUUUAUCAAUUGGACCUAGUCUUAAACAGCAAUAGAAUGGAUUCUUGGGCUGGACUAGCGCUAGCUAAAAUGUAUCAAAUUGAACAGAAACUCAAUUCAACUGAACUGAAAAUAGAGGUGCCUAUCUACAAAAAAUCUGAGGCAGCUUUAAGAUGUUUUAGAAGAGCUGUGGAGUUACAGAAAGGAAGUAGAAAGUUGUGGCUAGAGUAUGGCUCAUUGGCUUACCAACUUCAUACUCAUGCUUCCAGACAAAGCAAAUAUAAAGAUUUGCUGUCCAUAGGAGCUGAAGUGAUUAUGAACUCAAUAUCUCAUCAAGAAAAAAGUUUACUUUUGGCCAAACAGAAUUAUUUGCAAGCCAGAGAGUGCCAGGGAGACGGGACAGAGGAAGAUUGGUUAACUCAUUACAUGCUUGGCAAGAUUGCUGAGAAGGAAAAAGAAUCUCCAGAAGUUUAUUUAGAACACUAUAAACAGGCUGCAAUCUGCUUACACAAUGAGGAAGCUGUGUAUCCCAAGAAGAUUCAAUUUGCUAGCAUACCUCCACACUUAGCUCUGGAAGCACUUGAAGUUUUCUAUCGCCUACAUGUCUCAGCUCUUAAGUUGGUUUUGUACAGUCCCAGCAAUGAACAUCUGCAGCUGAUUGACAAGUAUGUCCAGGAGUCUCUACAAAGUCCUUUUGUUAAAUGUGAUGAGAAACAGAAGUCAAUGGAGCAAGACAGCUGCAGCAUAUCUAAACAGCAUAAUAACUAUGUUAGUGGAGAUGGAUCGGCCCAACCAAAGCUCACAGCUAACCAAAUGGUAGCCAAACAGAAACAGAUCUACCACAAAAAUCCACUGGACCAUGACUACUCCAAGCACAAAAGUGCUACUGACUCUCAGUCUGAUGUAGAGGAAACCAAACGUCAGCCCCUAGCUCCACCCCCCACACAAGUAGUACAUCUUGAUGAUCUGGAGAUGAGGGAGAGAGAGAAUCUCUCAUCUUAUGCUAGUCUCCCUGAACUGGCUCAAGUUAAAGUGCCUGAAUCAAGUCAACAAGAGCAAGUUUCAGUGACAAAUGAUGACUUUCACACACCAAAUACAAAGAGUUAUCCUGUAAAUGAAGCUAUUAUUACUAAGCCUGUGAUGCUGACAUGUGACUCUGAGGUCAAUGGUGACAUGAGGAAUCACAGUGUGGAUAUCAUGCAACCCUCAGGAGACAACGGGAAUAAAUGUGAACAGAGUGGAAGUCAAGUUGACAUAAGCUAUGGUGUACUGCAAGGUACACAGAGAAAUUUGAGUAACAAUCAUAAAAUACUUUGUGACAGUAGAGAUACACAGAAAAACUCCCAAAGUUUAAUGAGUGCACAACUCAAUGAGACUGAACAAAACAAGUCUGAGACUAGUAGUGGGGAUGCCUCAUCUAGCCUUGCAUCUAAUCAGUCCCUUCCAACAGUUUCUGAAGCUGUUCCCCCUGAAAUUCCUACUGCCUACAGUGACAUUACUAAACAAGCUGUAGACAGCAACACAACAAAUUCAACUCUCAAGAUGGAUGGUGCUGGGGACAGGAAAACAGAGGAAAUCAGAGUUGUCCAAUCACCAGGAAACAAAAUGGUUGUUAAUGAUGAAGACGUGUGUAAUAAAGAAGAAAAAGAAAUGACCACUGAGGAUAUGAAUGUAAAUAGUACAGCAGAAAAAGAGGAUAAUGUGGAUGUGAGUAUCAAACAGGACAAAGACAUUAAUAUUGAGAAGAGGUCCCAAGAGGAAAAAGAAUUGACACAUAUUGGUCAUGUUGAAAUGGGUCUUGAGGAAAAGAUUGGAGCUAAAGAUGUGAACAUAAGGAAUGAAGAGAACAAAGAAAUGACUAAUAAUGAUGUAAGGGAAGAUGAAGAUGAAAAAAUAGUGACCAGUCGUGAUUGUAAUAUGAAAAAUGAAGAGGAGAACAAAUGGAUCAAUAAUGAGAAAGUGGAAAAAUCUAAUUGUUUGUCUGACAUGGAAACAUCAGUAUUAGAAGAAAGGAAAUCUGAGGAAGUUGCUGAUGAAAACAUCUGUACUGAUAUUAAUGUAAAAUUGGCAGCACAGUGUAGAGAAAGCAUUAAUGAUAAGGAAAUCUCAGAUGUAUUAACAGAACAGUCCCAGAAACCAGAAGUUAUGAAUAAUACAAAAGAAAGUGAGAAAGAAAGAAAAGAACCAUUUUUCCUGAGAGCUGAAAUCUUGACCAAAUGUAUUAGAGGACUAGAGUUAUGUGCAGAACGGUACAGUGCCCAUUACAAGUCUCUGUACAGACUGGCAGACAUUUACUAUUUCUCUAAGAAUCUACAGAAAGCAAGAGAUAUUCUGUUAGGCAGGCCAGAUUGGCUGGACCAGUCCCACAUGCCUGCACCUGGUCUGUUUGCUGAAAGAAAACUAAGUAAUUUUUUCCAGGGCCUAUGGAAAAUUCCUAUAGAAGAUAUUGAUAGAUCAGGCUGUUUUGCUUCGCAUGUCCAUAGAUCAGUUGUUCUCUUAUUGAAAGUACUUGCUGAUCUAGGUGACUUGGAAAUGUUGAAAUAUAUAAGAACACAACUUAAACGUACUCCUGAUAUUGGCAAAAAGUAUUUGAGAGAUGCUGAACGCUUAGCGCUAGCUGAUGAGGUGAUUGUGAAGUGUAUAGAAGUGGUGAACAAAGAAAUGGAUGCCAGUGAUAGAUGGAGUGAGAAUCAAAGAGAAGACAACUUGGCUAAUGUUUACCAGGUCUGGUUGAUGGCUAAAGGCUCCAAUGUUUUGAAGAAAGCAACAACAGCGUUACACAGAGCAUUUAAAACCAUGAUGAAAGGCAGAACAGAUGUGAAUAGGUUAACUGAAGAACAAGCCAUCUUUUACUGUCAAAAGAAUUUGCUUAAGGUGACUCAGUCUCCAGUUCCUGUCAAUCCUCAAGGUAAAAUGACUGCUGAUCAAACUAAAGUAGCAGCAGAGAAAAGUAAAUCCACUCAGUUAGCUCCCUUGUCUUUGAUGAACAAUGUAAAAGAAAACUUGAAUGUCAAAAUAAAGGAUCAAGCUGAUAGAAAUAUUCCUCAAAGUGAAGCUGUUGUACAGAUCACUAGGGAAGAUAAAAUAGACAGCUUGGCAGUUAAUUCUAGUGAGCGUCUGCAAGAAAUCUCCAAACCAAAUAGAGAUGAAUUAAUUUCAGAAGCUGCCAAUGAUGUUAAUACUAAUGUAUCCCAUGUAUGUAAUACUACAUCAAGCAUCACUGGCCCUCAUGCAUCUGAAAGUGUUCAAUUUACAUCUCUGAAAAAUGUAGCCAUCACCUGUCAGGGUGAAAAGGAAACUAAAGAAGUCUCCACCUCCCAGCAGCCAUGUACCAUCCAGGACUCUAACAAGCUGGCUGUGCCAGGAAAGUCAGACAAGGACAAAGUGGAAACUAUGGUGAUCAAUUUAAUAGAAGAAUCAGACGUCCAACAUGAAGUGACUGAAGUGGCUUCCUCUCCAAACUUUACACAGAUAUUAGAUGAUGAUGAGGAGGAUGUUAUAAUUAUUAGUGAAUCUGACUAAUAUGAUUAAGUACAGAGUUAUAUUGUUAUUAAGAUUCAGUACAGUAACUAUUUAGCUACCUCUCCAUAUGAAAUGUCUACAUUUCAUGUCCAUAAUAUGCAUCUUAGGGUUGUUGAUUAUUUGUUGGAAAUACUUGAUAUAAACACUUACCUAACUUUGAAUAACUAGUGAAUGUAUUGUUUUAAUCAAACAAUUAUCUAGAUCUUAUCUUAUAUAUUACAGAUGUUACUUCAAAAAAGAAGAUAAUUAUGUCUUUUGCAUUUCAUCAAGCCAUGUAUGUUAAUCAAUGAUGCAUGUUAUUCAAUGACUUUUUAAACUUAUUUAUAGGGACAAAUGAUGACCAACCUAUUACAUUUGAUUGGGAAAAUAUGAUAUAAAUUAUAUUUAAGAAUUUGUUGUCAAAGUGAAAUGAAAUAAGGUAUAUAAGGAUUGUUCUAAAUUUGCUUUCAAAUGGUUAGCUUUGGAUGAACUAUUAUGUUACAUGUUUCAUUAAAACUGUAAUUAAAAACUGAA